UAGAUUUUGCAUAUGAGUCAAAGUUCAAUGCUGAUUGGCUGGGAAAGCGCGCGCGGAGUGGAGGUCAGCUGACUGACUUCGCGGGAAAAAAGUUCUGUGGAGUGUUGGGGGAAAGAAGGAAGUGCUAAAGAUGUCUUCACCAACAUCUACGCCUAGUCGUAAAGGAAGCAAGCGUGGAAGAAGCAGUAACCCUCCCACACCUCGAAGCGAUGGAGUACAGUCUCCACCUUCACAAAGACAACGGGUAGAUGAGUCAACAUCUAUUGGGGAGCUGCAGCCAAUGCCAACUUCUCCAGCAGCAGAUGCUCAAAGCCCACGUGUGCUGGAGUCAUCCUUCUUAUCCAGCCCAGCACGAUCACGCCAUUCAGCUGCCAGUGAAUUUGACGUAAGCUCUCCUUUGACCUAUGGCACUCCCAGCUCUAGAGUGGAAGGUACACCUCGCAGUGGUGUGCGGGGUACACCUAUACGUCAGCGUCCUGAUCUUGGGUCUGCACGUAAGGUCCGCCAGGUUGACUUGCAUGCAGACCAGCCUUCAGCAGAUGAAGUUGUGACCAGUGAACAAUCCCUUGGUCAGAAACUAGUAAUCUGGGGAACAGACGUCAAUGUGGCUGCAUGCAAAGAAAAAUUUCAGAGGUUCCUUCAGCGCUUUAUUGACCCUUCUGCUAAAGAAGAGGAAGUCACAGGCCUUGACAUCAAUGAACCACUUUACAUGCAACGACUUGAAGAGAUGAACUUAGUGGGAGAGCCAUUUCUAAAUGUGAACUCUUCUCAUUUAAGAACUUUUGACCCUGAACUAUACAGACAGCUGAUUUGUUACCCACAGGAAGUGAUUCCUACUUUUGAUAUGGCUGUCAAUGAACUUUUUUUUGAGCGUUUCCCUGACACUCUACUGGAGCAUCAGAUCCAAGUCCGGCCAUACAACGCUUUGAGAACCAAAAAUAUGAGAAGUCUGAAUCCAGAGGAUAUUGACCAGUUGAUCACAGUCAGUGGCAUGGUGAUCAGGUCUUCUCAACUGAUCCCUGAAAUGCAAGAGGCAUUUUUCAGCUGUCAAGUGUGUGCUUUUAGCACAAGGGUGGAGGUUGACCGUGGCCGGAUUGCUGAGCCAUCUGUGUGCAAGAACUGCAAUACCACGCACAGCAUGGCACUAAUCCACAACCGUUCAGUAUUUUCAGACAAACAAAUGGUUAAGUUGCAGGAGUCCCCUGAAGAUAUGCCCGCAGGACAGACACCACAUACAGUUAUACUGUUUGCUCACAAUGACCUGGUGGAUAAAGUGCAGCCUGGGGAUCGAGUGAACGUCACAGGCAUCUACAGAGCUGUUCCUAUUCGUGUGAAUCCCAGAGUUAGCAGUGUGAAGUCGGUGUAUAAGACUCACAUUGAUGUCAUUCACUUUCGUAAAACUGAUGAGAAACGGCUUCAUGGACUUGAAGAUGAAAAGGAACAGAAACUGUUCACAGAGCAACGUGUUGACAUGCUGAAAGAGCUCUCUAAGAAGCCUGAUAUCUAUGAACGACUUUCUGCUGCAUUGGCUCCUAGUAUUUAUGAGCAUGAAGAUAUCAAAAAGGGUAUCUUGCUGCAGUUGUUUGGUGGCACACGCAAAGAUUUCAGUCACACUGGUCGUGGCAAUUUCCGUGCAGAGGUCAACAUCCUUCUCUGUGGUGACCCUGGUACCAGUAAAUCUCAGUUGCUGCAGUAUGUAUACAACCUGGUGCCCAGAGGUCAGUACACUUCUGGUAAAGGCUCCAGCGCUGUAGGUCUUACGGCUUAUGUAACAAAGGAUCCUGAGACGAGGCAACUGGUCUUGCAGACUGGUGCCCUUGUUCUUAGUGAUAACGGCAUCUGCUGCAUUGAUGAGUUUGACAAAAUGAAUGAUAGCACAAGAUCAGUGUUGCAUGAAGUUAUGGAGCAGCAAACUCUUUCCAUUGCUAAGGCUGGUAUUAUCUGUCAGCUGAAUGCCCGCACAUCAAUCCUGGCAGCUGCAAACCCAGUAGAGUCGCAGUGGAAUCCCAAAAAAACAACUAUAGAAAACAUUCAGCUUCCACAUACACUACUGUCUAGGUUUGACUUGAUCUUCCUUAUGUUGGACCCACAAGAUGAAGCAUAUGAUCGACGUCUUGCCCACCACUUGGUUUCGCUUUAUUAUCAAAGUGAAGAGGAAAUGGAAGAAGAAUACCUGGACAUGGCAGUGCUGAGAGAUUACAUAGCCUAUGGCCGCACUUACGUCCACCCUAGACUUAGUGAAGAAGCCAGUCAAUCACUGAUUGAGGCUUAUGUGGACAUGAGGAAAGUUGGCAGUGGUAGAGGUAUGGUGUCGGCUUACCCCCGACAGCUGGAGUCACUGAUACGUCUGGCAGAAGCUUAUGCUAAAGUGCGUUUUUCUGAAAAAGUGGAAAAUAUCGAUGUGGAAGAGGCAAAACGCCUUCACCGUGAAGCUCUGAAACAGUCUGCCACUGACCCAAGGACUGGAAUUGUAGAUAUAUCUAUCCUUACUACAGGAAUGAGUGCCACUGCUCGCAAACGCAAGGAAGACUUGGCUCAAGCCUUGAAGAAGUUCAUUCAAUCUAAAGGCAAAACUCCAACCAUGAAAUACCAGCAACUUUUUGAAGAUUUGAGAUCUCAGUCUGAAGUUGCGAUUACCAAGGAUAUGUUUGAAGAAGCUCUCCGAGCUCUGGCAGACGAAGACUUUUUAACUGUAACUGGGAAAACUGUUCGACUGCUUUAAAAGCACCAGUUCAAAGAACUUUAUCCGUAAUGCUUACUUCUGAUCGUGGUUACUGAAACUAUUUUGCAGAUAUAUUUUACAUUAUUUUGCUCAAUGAAUGUACCCAUUUUUACAGCUAUUUCUCUUUUUUUGUGUUGCCAAGUUUAAGAUAAUGUCUCUUAAUACCAUAUUCAAAACUAAGGCAAUCAGCUAACACCACUGCCAGAGAUGUAAAUAUCAGGUUAAAAUUUUACACUUUCAUGCAUCGUGUCAUUUUAGAGACUAAAGAAAUGAAAUAAUUUGGAUGAAGAUGUGAAUGAUGUAGUGUAAUUGCUUGAUUUGUACUAUCAAUAAAGCUUUGCGUUGACUUUU